UCGUCUCGUGACUCCCGUCAGCUGACAUUUUAUUUGAGUAAAAAAUUUAUAGGCUGUUUCAGUAAAAUUUAACUAAAAGAAAUACAAUGGCUUUGCACUCGGCAAUUAAAGGAAAAUUAAUAUCUGUCAUAGGUGAUGAGGACACCUGUGUCGGGUUUCUUCUUGGAGGAGUUGGAGAAAUAAACAAAAAUCGUCAUCCCAACUUCAUGGUAGUUGACAAAAAUACUGCGGUCAGCGAAAUUGAAGAUUGCUUCAAGCGUUUCCUGAAGCGUGAUGACAUUGACAUCAUCUUAAUAAAUCAAACAUAUGCCGAACUCAUACGUCACGUCAUUGAUGCGCACACUUCUCCAGUACCAGCUGUUCUUGAAAUCCCAUCAAAAGAUCAUCCCUACGAUGCCAGCAAGGACUCUAUUUUACGACGUGCACGUGGCAUGUUCAAUCCCGAAGAUUUGGUACGCUAAAGGGUUCACGUGUUACACUUUAUUUCUUUAAUGUUGUUCAAUGUUUUGCAAUACCUAUAACAAAAAC